GCAGCAGCAGUCGCCGCGGCUUUUGUCGUGCGUGCGGAGAUGCGAGGGAACCGCGCAUCGCGGGCAGCGUUCACUGGCGGAUCGGAGUAACGCGCGCGCGUUGACCGACGACGAGUCGGCGGCCACGACGUGGGGCACCACCGUCCGUUGCGUAUCCUCUGCGCGCGCGAUCUCUGUCAGAAGCCGCCGCCGGCCGAGGCGGGAUAGAGCCCCGGCUAUGACGGGCCUGACUCGGGCGUCGUAGAUCUCGACGACUCGGCCGCCACCGUCGUUUGCGCGAGUGCGUGCCGUCCCCAGCCGUCUCCCAGUUAUCGGCGGGCCUUUUACGCGACAUGGCGGGCUUUCAUGACAGGGACAGGGCCCUGUUCCCGAUCCGGAGCAUCCCCGCGAUCGUGGAGAUCUUCAAGAAUCAGUUGGAGAACAGCGCCGAGCCGGAUCUCGCGUUGCUGUCGAUCCUCGUCGGCGCGGUCGAGAACUCGCUGACGUGCAACCGCGUCUUCGCCGCGCAGGAGAACACCGUCUACGACGAACCGAUGCUGCCGGCCGUGGAGUAUCACAUCGCCGAGGCGCUCUACGAUAAGUUUCACGCGGUGAUCAAGGGCGCCGUCGAUCUUACCGUCUACGACACCAAGUACGCUACCAGAGAGCUCGUCAAGAAGGUGUCGGACGUGAUAUGGAACUCGCUUACGAGGAGCUACUACAAGGACCGCGCGCAUCUGCAGAGUCUCUACAGUUACUUGACUGCGAACAAGCUGGACUGUUACGGAGUCGCCUUCGCUGUGGUGGCUGGGUGUCAGGUCUUGGGAUUCAAGGAUGUGCAUCUCGCCAUGUCGGAGGAUCACGCAUGGGUUGUGUACGGAGAGGAUGGAACGGAGACAGCAGAAGUCACAUGGCAUGGUAAGGGAAACGAGGAUAAACGUGGACAGCCAGUGGAGCCUGGUAUAGCAUCUCGAUCAUGGUUAUACUUAAACGGUCAAGCAAUGGUGUGCAAUCGUGCUCUGGAAGUGGCUACUAUAGUAUCAGCCAUCAACCCUAGUCUAAACGCAACUACUGAUGCGGUCGAAGUGGGAUUGGUCCAGCAAGAACUAUUGUGGUUGCUGUAUGACUUGGGUCAUUUAGCGAAAUAUCCUAUGGCAUUGGGUAAUCUCGCUGAAUUGGAGGAGGCUGCGCCUACACCAGGGAGACCACCACCGAUAAAUCUUUUUCAGGAGGCUGUAAGAUCAGCGAGAAAAUUUUACGCAAACGCGCAUGUCUAUCCGUACACUUAUCAAGGAGGGUAUCUAUAUCGGCACAAAUUAUAUGUGAAUGCAUUUGCAUCAUGGGCUGAUGGCGCCGAUGUUCUGCGAAAAUAUGAUUAUUCCCGGGACGACGGAGAGAUAUAUAAGGAACUGUUAGAGAUCGCCAACGAAUUGAUACCACAUACGGUACGCGUCGAUGAGCGCUUGCUGCGGCAACCACGUUGCUUCGCGUACCUGUUGAGAUUUUACGACGGUAUUUGCCAAUGGGAGGAGGGCGCCAACACUCCUGUGCUGCACAUAGGUUGGGCUCGGCCGCUGGUAAACACAAUUUCAAAGUUCGAUGCCAGUAUACGCGCACAGGUCGUCAUAGAAUGCUACGAAACGGAGAGCAAACAAAAGGAAGAGGCGCAAAAGAGGGAGACGAGUCCCGAGGAGACGCUCAACAACAACAACAACAAUUACUGCAAGACCAAGGAACGGGGUAACGCGGCGCGAGAUCUAAUCAAGAGUCUAGAGUCCAAAGUGCCCUCUAAUUCGGCAUCGACGCAUCCUAGUAUUCAAGCCCUGACGGCAGCCUGCAGCGAGAAGAUACUUAACAGAGAUUACCUGCUGCAGGGCGGGGGCGAGCCGUUCGUCGCGCCACCGGACGACACAUUGCCACCGGCGCCUUCCACCUCUCAGGAGAAGCUGCACGUCGAGCCCGAAGUAAAGAUCGACUCGGAGAACGAGAAGCCGAAGAUAACGCUGUACAGUCAAAAGAUGAAGGGUCUCAAAGAUCUCCUGUUGGCGGAGAAACUCAACACCCACGCGAUCUCGUUGCAACUGACGGCGCAGAGUCAGGUACAAAUCGGUAAGAAGUCGCGCGGCAGCGAUGACGUUGGAGUCAGUCAACGUCCCAAGAGGACGCGCCGUGAAUAGUAUAAGAUCUUCGACCGACGUUUCGGUAUAGUGAAAUAUUGAAAGUGCCAGCACACUUGACGGGGUCGACUCCCCGUCCUCGGCGAGCUCGAACAGAUGCGAGACGCAAUGGCCGGCCAUCCAGCGUGGUUCGCUGUCAAAACAGUCAUUAAGGUAUACACCGACUCUCCUCGCUCUCGGUGUUCUCCGCCGAUGUAUCUCUGUGGGACGCGAAUCGUCCUCGGACUCCUCCGAAAUCUCGACUCUCGAGAGCGUCGUGAUGAAUUUCGUGCCGUUUGAUUUGAACGAAGCCCUCCACGGUGCUCCUCUCGUUUUGCAACGACACCGCGGGUACUUGCGAGGCGAACGUUUACGUUACCGUCGGGGAUCUAUCGCCGUUAGAUAUAUAUAUAGCGUGUCAAGUAGAGGCACGGAGAGAAAAAUUUGUAGAAAAGUACAAAAAAGUUUUCCCCGCUUUAAGUUAACGGACGAGAGAUCGCGAGCUGUCUCGCGAUCGUCAACGAUUCGAAUAUUUUGCGUGUAAAUAUCACUCUUGAUUCUUCCACAGUGCGUAGAGCUGUGACUUGCGAUGUAAGGGGAUGGUAGGGGAAAAGAGGGAAGAAGAAGGUGAGGGAGAAAGAUAGAAUCGAAUAUUGUACCUAAUCUGUCUCCGCGGGUAAACCAAUCUUUUUGGAGCACAGUUAUUUAUUCUUACGAAUUAUAUUAGUCGACGAUGCCGCCGACCAGUUCUCUCGGUGAUCGUCACUUUGUCAUAUUUGUCUGUAAUCUCUUGUUGCACUCUUAUUUAUUGAUUCACGUUUUUUUUUUCUAUUUGAGCUAUUGCACUACUCGAUAAUUAUCAUUGACAAGUUGCCGUUAAUGUUUUUUACACUUGGUAGUAGUUGAACUUCUGUUAGAAUUACGCUUGUACGUUCUAGAAAGGAAAACACAUUCCACUCCGUAUGUGGUGCAAACUAAUUAAGUUCUUACCUUAAGGUAUUUUAAGCAUAAAAUUCUCGCUUAUUUUUAUAACUAUUUAUUUUCAGAGUAUAUAAUUGUAAGACUAUGUAUAUUUCUAAGGACCUCUCUAUUUUACUGUUUCUCGAUAGGGGCGGAAUGACAGUGCGUUAGACAGUGCGUCAUCUUUGAAUCUGAAAUCGUCCGAAUGCGAGAUGACAUCGCGAGUUUACUUGGCGUGAAAAAAAAAAGAUAGAAGCGUGCGCGAUCACAGAUCAGUCAGUAUCGCAGAUUGCGCGUCGUUUCAUCAAUCUCUCUUCCUUCUUAGUGUAAGAACGCGUACACUUGUCCGACGAUGAGAACUGAGACCUGUUUGUGGCGCUCUCAUUCGCGUGCUCUAGAGAUUCGUUUGUCCCAUGGACGUUAAUACAUGGACUCUGAAUGCCCUUUUGCCGUCUAAUUGAGUGAAGCCAAUAUCUAGAAAGAGAGAGAGAGAGCAUAGAGGGGCUCGUUUCCUCUCUUUCUUUUUUUUUUGCAAUUCAUCUGCGCAAAGUUAUCUGUGUUUUUCUAAAUGUUGGCUCCACUCUUUUGACCAUGUAUACUACGUCCAUGAUUUGUCCAUCAUUCGUUUGUGAAUCUGACGUAAUUGAAACAAUAGAACGGCGACUCGCGUUGCGAUCACGUUUUAUUAAUCGCGAAAAAAAAAAAAAAAAACUGGUAGCCAGUUCUUAGGCUAUUAUUACGAGUUAUAUACGACAUUUAAUUAAUACUCUCCCGUUACUCUCUCGGAUUUUCGCGGGUGAUGGAUGUCUUCGUCACCUGUUCACACUACGUAAAAACUCGAGGAGUCUUUGACAAUGUUUAAGCGGAUUGUUGUAGACUAUGUUGUUGACAGGAAUGAAAAUAUAAACGGUCCGAGCUGAUCGACGAUAACUUAAUAAUGAAGGGCGCUAUCUUACUGUGAUGCUGAAUAUAUACUAUAUACAUAUAUUAUAUUAUAUAUAUAUAUAUAAAACACAACACAAAGUAUAUAUAUAUGUAAUUAUAUGAUUUAAUAACCGUAGUUUAUAUGAAAGAAACGAACGGCGCGGUAAGGGACGGGAUUUUGCUUCACGCCGCGCCGCGACUAUAAAAAAAAAAAUUAAUUAAACGACCGUAGUUAUGUAUGUUAAUCAAGGAACAUGGAAUACGCAGUUGACAGUCCGUUGCCCGACGCGCGCAAACCAAAAUUCACGCAAGAUUCUUCUGAAGAACGAUGUUGUACAUCGACGAUCGUUUUCGUUAAAGGCAUCUUCGCUCCUUUUUUUAUUAUUAACGCUGUGCUAUAGCGUUAUAGUCUCUUUUUCUUAAUGUAUAGCGUCAUAUAUAUCGUCUCUCUUGGCGCCUAUCGAGUUGCUGAGUUGCACCGACGAUGGUUCAAUUAACAGUGGGCUUCUUUCCAGGAAAGUUGAAUCUACAUAGCUCACAUUGCUGGAAAUUUAAUGCAUAAUUAUCUCAAGGGCAAUUGCAAGAAACAGUAGUUCUCAACGGGAGACUACUGUCUGGAGGAAUUACUUUGUUGACUUUUUGUAGAAUACAGUUUUUUACAGUUUUUAAAUUAUUAUAAUUGAUGCAUAUAUAUCACUACUCUGAACUGGCGAUUGUCAAAGUUAUGAUAAUAUUUGGCAGGAAAUUUAGUAUUUAUUAAACCAACGUUGGUGCAACCAGGUUUGAAAUAGAAAAAAUCGCGCGAUAUGACUCUCCGCACAGAGAAAAAUAUUA